GUUUUUGUUUUUUGUUUGUUUUUUUUGCUUAACCUUGGCUAGAGCUGUUUCUUUCAGGGGACUUUCUCACUCAAUCAUUCACCAACAGCAACCCUGAAAAUAUGCGUAACUAUCCAUUUUAUUAACCAGCUUAAGAUUUUUAUAUUAAACUGAGCGGGGGUCUAAAGGGGAUAAUUUGGGUGACAAGCUUCCAGGUUGAAAAAUAAAUAAGAAAGGGACUUAGUUGCAGCAGGCUAUAAAUAUUUCAUUAAACAAUAAAUGAGUUUAGUUGUAAACUUAGGAGCUGCACUGACAGUACUGUAUAGGUUUUACAGUAGACUUGACCCAAGUCAUGGUUUAGCAUCAAAUCUGAAUGGAGUCACAGAGUACUAUAGUUUUUAAAUGAUAGUCUUAGUUGUUGAUUGCUGUGUCUGCCACAGCAGUUGAGUACAAUGUGUGCCUUUGUAAAGUUUAUGUUUUAGGAGCUGCAUGCUCACUGGCAACCUUGGUGCCUGUUUUGGCUGCUUGCCUCAGAUUGUGCUGGAUCUUUUCAAUUGCUUCCACAUAUCACCCCUGCUUGCCUGAUACAUGCACAUGAGAACAGGAAAAUUGACAUUUAAGAAUGUUCUCUUCUCAAGACUGGAACAACGCAAAGAUAGUCCCACUGUGUAAAGUCAUCCCCGGGGAUGGGAAGAGUCGCCUCUCCUCAACAAUACUGUAGGUGUGAGAGCCAUUAAAGCAAAUUGCAGCAAUCCUUUAUAAUGAAGCCUUAGGAAAUCUAAAUAUAGGGGUCACGGCCAGCUCCCUUUGUAAUCCCAUUAAUUCGGUGAGAAUCAUGAAGAGGUGAAGUGAAACGUAUGCUUUUUUAUCUCAGUAGGCAGAGUUGUGAUACUGAAGACAUGUUCAGGUAAUGAGAAUAAGGAAUAGCUUGUCGUAUGAACACUUUAUUUCUACCUCCCCCAAGUUAUGAAGGAUAAGGGAUAGCCUGUUUUGGUUGUACACAGAAUCAAUAUUAUUUAUAGAGCAACAAUCAACACUUAGUCUUUGUCUUAAGCCGAUUUGAGUCCCUACAGAGGGAGCUGUGCAUAACAGGAAGCAAAUCAUUUGUCCAGUACAAAGGUACAGGAAACAAUGCUGCCAUUUCUCUGGGUAAGAUCACUAUGAAGAAAUAGUUUUUUAAAAAAAUCUAAGUUUGAAUUUUUUUUUUAAGUUUCAACCAAUUGCUAAACAUUUUCUUUUGCUGCACUGCAAGACUCAAGACAUUUUAAAAAUCCCACAUUUAUUUUUUUAUUUUAAAAUAUGUAGUUAUAAUAGGGAUCCAUCUGUGAACUAAAGUUGUUUAGAGCAGUGGGCAGAAAAUAACAGUUCUUUAAGGGCUGGCAAUGGUGGUAUACAAUCUCUGUUAAAAGGGUACAUAUCUUCUACUGGCCUAGUAGAUUUAAAAGUGUAGAGGAACUGGGCAUGCAUGAAGCACUGGUAGUCGAGUCUCCGCUGAAAAAUGCAGUUUGGGUGAUGGUGGUGACAGUGAGGUUUUCCUGGGAUGUCAUCCCUUUAGCUAUAGAUAGCAAACUCAAAGCUCCUUAGAGAGAAACCUCUUACCAGCCACUUUCCACAAAUGGUACAUACACCUAAAGGUACUUAGUGAAAAUCCUUGAGAGGUAUUUAAUGCUAAAGUAGGCAGACUCUUGACUAUUUCUCCGAAGCCCACGCCUACAGCCAGGCAGUGGCGCUGAGAAAGCGGUACCUGGGCAGCUGCCCCAAGGCUUACCAGUGCUUUUGUCCCAGCUAGGCUCUGCUACCCUAACAGACCACCAAGAUGUGUGACAUGGGGGGACUCGAUAACCUGAUCGCCAACACAGCGUACUUAAAUGCCAGGAAAAGUGGCGAUGUCGAUGCUAAGGAGCUGCAGAAAAGGUGGAGAGUCCUUGCACUGCCCAAGAUUGAGGAAUGUGCUGCAAUUAAGGAAUCCAUUACUAUGGACUAUAACGCUAUUUGUGAACAACAGCCUGUUGGGAAGAAAUUUUUCGGAGAAUUUUUGGAGACCGUGCCUGAAUACCUGGUGGCCAAGGAGUUCAUGGAUGAAGUGUAUGCUUGGGAGUUAGCAGAAGAUAAUGUCAAAAACAGCCUCUUGGAGGGCAUAAUCAACAUGUACCUGAAGAAUGUCAGCAAUAGCUUCUUGAAAUUUCUCAGUGCAGAUCUGUCCAACAAGUGCCAGUCAGUAUCUAAAGAUGAUUUUGAGAAAAUUGUGCUGUCGGCCAGGGAAGAGACAAAUGAGUACCUUAAAGGAAAACCAUUUCAAGACUUCCAAACUAGUCCAUUCUUUGACAAGUUUGUGCAGUGGAAAGGCUUCGAGAAGCAACCUGUUAAUGAAAAGCUCUUUGAUGAGUUCCGAGUGUUGGGAAAAGGAGGCUUUGGAGAGGUGUGUGCCAUCCAGGCAAGAAAUACUGGGAAGAUGUAUGCCUGUAAGAAGCUUGACAAGAAAAGAUUGAAGAAAAAAGGUGGUGAAAAGAUGGCUUUGCUGGAGAAGGAAAUCCUGGAGAAAGUCAACAGCCGUUUCAUUGUCACUCUGUCCUAUGCUUAUCAAAGCAAAGCUGCUUUGUGUCUUGUCAUGAGCCUCAUGAAUGGAGGAGAUCUUAAAUAUCACAUUUACAACGUGGGUGAAAGGGGCUUGGAAAUGAAUAGGGUCAUCUUCUACUCGGCUCAGAUCACCUGUGGGAUCCUGCACCUUCAUUCCAUCCAAAUUGUCUACAGGGACAUGAAGCCAGAAAAUGUCCUCCUGGAUGAUAAUGGCCACUGCCGAUUGUCUGAUCUUGGCUUGGCUGUGGAAGUCAAGGAGGGCAAAGAAAUCAGGCAGAGGGCUGGAACAAAUGGAUACAUGGCUCCUGAAAUCCUAAAUGAAGAAGCUUACACCUACCCUGUUGAUUGGUUUGCUAUGGGGUGCAGCAUUUAUGAGAUGAUUGCCGGCCGAACUCCGUUCAAGGAUUUCAAAGAGAAGGUCAAUAAAGAUGAAGUAAAAAAAAGAACAUUAGAAGAUGACCCUAAGUAUGAGCACAAAGAUUUUGAUGAACCAACAAAAAAUAUCUGUAAUUUGUUCUUGGCGAAGAAACCAGAAAAUCGUUUGGGAAGCAGGAGCAACGAUGACGAUCCCAGGAAACAUCCAUUCUUCAAGUCAAUAAAUUUCCACCGGCUUGAGGCAGGCCUUAUAGAUCCGCCCUUUGUGCCAGAUCCAUCCGUUGUCUAUGCCAAAGAUGUUGCAGACAUUGCUGAUUUCUCUGAAGUGCGAGGAAUUGAAUUUGACGACAAAGACAAGAAAUUCUUCAAGAAAUUUGCCACAGGUGCUGUCCCCAUACCUUGGCAGGAAGAAGUGAUUGAAACAGGAUUGUUUGAUGAACUCAAUAAUCCCCACAGAGUAGUUGGAGUUGAGAGUAAAUCUGGAGUUUGUGUGUUGUUAUAAAUAUUACUUGUUCAGGAAUGUAAAAGGUGGAAAUGCACUGCUGAACCUUCCACAAUUUCAAAGUCCCAAAGAUGUGUUAGCAAACCCAUAAAGGCAAGCUGAAUAAAGUUUUCUUCUGUAUUGGUAUUUUGCUGGAAACUGUGCAAAAAUUCUGUGUUUGCUUACAGCAGCAAGAAGAUUUAACAGCCCAUGGUGGUUUCCGGCGACAAUGUUAGGGGUGGGAAUCACCCAUUUCAGUUUGAUAUUUCCUUGGGUUUUGCCAUUGCUUUGUGGGCGUUUACAAAUUCUUUGUAAAAAGGGCUCAUGAGGAACACAAUAUUAUUUUUAUUUAGGAAAUUCAGGGUAUUGAUAUAGGAUAAUCUUUAUUGAUUAUGCUACUCCAUAUAUUAAACAGAAAUAUAAAUGUCUCAAGAUUCUUUAAUUUCGUCCUCCAAUCAGAUUUUCUGAUAGCAUUUUUUCAUAUUGAUGAAAGCUGUAGUUUAAAUUAAAUUACAAAUGAAUCAUGCCACUUCGUAACUGGUCUUUCAGAGAAUUAAUGUAAAUGCAACAGGAAUGUUUAUUCAGUCAGCAAUACAAUCUUUUAACCAUUUUUACAAGUGCUUUUAAUGUUGAAAAAGUGUACAUAUAUGUCUAUGGUUGUACUGGUUCUUGUACAAAACUUUGUUCAUGUCUCACUUCGAGAUUAUUAUUUUUUUUAUUCUGAAAUUAGUUUGCUUAAUCCAUCAAACAUGUGAUAAGAAUUGAGUGAUAUUUACCACUCUUAAAUGAUUUUAAAAAACCUAACACUAUUGGAAAGCAAAUGUUUGAAGUUAUAUUUCUAGGUCAAGUGUUUGGAGGCAAUUUAUUCAAUGGCUAGUUUUCUCAGUCUGUUCUCAAAACUUGUGUUCAGAAAUCUUACAGAACUGAAAAUACUUAAAAGCCAGAAACAUCUGAACACAGAGAGAAGCUUUUUCUGGAAAAAAAUCAUGGUCAUUUCUAUUAAUAUGAUUCAAAUAGAUGAAAACAGAGGCCAAGUGUUCACCAAUAUGUUUAAAGAUUUGAAUGACCUAAUAUAGUAGCUAUUUUAUUUUUGUAAUAUAUGCUUGCAAGAACUCUUUCUGAUGUAAAAUAAAAUCAAAACAUAAUAUAA